UUCUUCACCAAUUUCAAUCCAAAAGUCGAAUCAACCAACGCACCGAACCUCAUAGGACUCCAGGACUGACGACCGCACACCGUAAUUAAUAGUUUGGACUACAAGAGGAUCUUUGUCCGCGCAUGGGUGAAGGCGACAGGGGAACAGCGGGCUUUGCGCCUGCCUUGUGAAAGGAGACUUGGAAGCUUCUGAACAGACUUUAAGACCAUAGUCAUCAUGGCGCAACCACAGCAGCAGCAGUAUCCCAUGCCGAGCGCAUUCUCGCCGCCGCCAGGAAGCUCGCCGACGACGACCCAACAGUAUCCAGUACCGCCCUCCAAGAGGCAACGUCUGUCUCCUAUCCCCUCUUCCCAGCCUGGAUCGCCAUACGUUCAGUCGCCUUAUAUGAUGUCGCCGAAUACUAGCACAACAUCUGCCAGCGCUUCACCUCACUUUACGAACGUUCAACUUCCGAAUGUCUACAACACUCCGUAUUCUAAUGGCCAUACAACUUCACCCAUGACUCUCACUUUACCACAAUCAAAUCAUCAACACCCGCAACAGCUCCAGCACCAGAAUUCGAUGAACUUCAACGCAAACCAACCAAGUCAGCAGUCCACAUACAACAACUUCGCGCCUCCUAUGGCGACUCCACAGGGUACAGGCACGAUGGGUCCACCUUCAAAGCCGGUCGAAAAGGAGAAGGAAGAUGGCAUUGACGUGAUGGAUGUAUUGGGUGGCACAGGUGUUAAUCUGCGAGAAGAAGAGCAAUACACAUUCCAGAUGUACAACAGUUCCUUCAACUCGCAACUAUCCGGCUCUCAAUCUGGUACCAUAUCCUCUGGCCACAGUUAUACUCAAUUUCCUCCAGGAGAUGAGGCGUCCUUCUAUGGCGCGGGCCCUGCAAAUGCAGCAGGGGAGAGAGCGAAUGUGAAAGACCAGGACGAAUUUCACAAGAAGGCUGCGGACAAGGCAUGGCAUGACGCUGCUCACAAUUUGGCAGUCUCGAGGCAAAAAGAGUUGAACAACCCCUUCUUACAAGUCCAUCAACUACAAAAGAAGAUGGAGAAGAUGACUCGAGAACAUGGACUUGCAUUGAACAUGGAUACUAAGGGCACGAUGGGAUAUUUCAAAGUUCCAAACCAAUUCCCUCUGAAGGAAGUUCGCGUCUCAACUACUAUGGGACCUGAUGCGGCAUUCGUUUCUACUAGUGGCGGAUUCAUACCAGCAGAUUCCAUGCUAGUCGAUCAAGUUGCUCUUCUGUCAAUUGCUACCAAGCAUCGUCUGCGGGGCUUGGUGGAGGAUGCAGCUAAAUUAGCCAAGGCACGUCAGACUGGAUCUCAUGGCAUUGUUCCAGAGGAAUGGGCAGACGUUGCCGUUCCCAGCGAUCUAGCUAGUUCAACUGUUGCUUCGGAGGGAGGGCCACGUUACGGAUGGGAGAGUGCUGUUAGCCCACACUCUAACCCGCGAAAACGAUCUUUCUCCGCUGCAAACAAGUCUGCGACGCCCAUCACAGGUUCGAAGAUUACGAACGAAGUUGUGGCUGCCUUGAGAGCCGAAGCGCUGAAAGAACGAGACUUUGAGGAAGCACGACUACGAAAACGUAGCGAACAGGCUGGAGGAGGUGCACAACGUCAGGCUUCUGUGGUUCCUGGUACACCCGGCUCUAUCGCACCAGAAGUAAUAGAGAAAGCCCCGACCAAGAAGGAGCAGAAGAAAAAGGCCGAGGCCAAGGUCAAUGAGGCGUUGACUCAUACUAGUGCCAAUACGACCGCAUCGCAAUUCCUUGGUGGUCGUGGUAUGUUUGGCAAGACUAAGAAGUACAGUUGGAUGACCCCUGGCGCGGGAGGUUCUGCAAGCGGAGCAAGCACACCAGGACGCAUAAAUACGCAAGGGCUUCCAGGUACACCUGGUGGUGGCGGUCCUCCACCGGUUGAGAAGUAUACCGUCGACGGUGUUCGUCGACUUGGCCAAUGGAGAGAAGACAAAGAGAAGGGCCGAGACAUACAAAUGCGUGAUUGGAUCUCCGUCCUUGAGGCUGAUGGUCGUGCAAAGAAGACAUUGCAAAAAGCAUAUCUUCACCUCGACCACUCGGAUCCUAAGUAAGCCACUUAGGAUGGCGGUAGAAUUUGCGAGGAUACAACCUCUUGUAUUUUGAAACUCAUAAUUCGCGAGGCGUUGCAUUGGCCAUGGCGUUGAUUGUCUUCCAGGGUGGAUGGACGGCUUCUACUAUAAAAUGGUAGAAACAUGCUUUCUUCAGAAUGAUACGCAGCAUAGCAUAGGUCGUGAUCAUAGCAUGAAUGAAGACUUGACUUGAGC